AUGCGACCUAUUUUCUCGGUUCUCCAGCGGGCCGCUCCUCGGGCAUGGCAACAUCCCAUAUCCUCGUCUGCUCGAAGCCCGCGCACAGCAUUCAAGCUCGAUUCAAUUUGUGCCAGAUGCCGCCGCCAACAGACUCAGGUCCGUUUCUUCAACGGUCAACAAAUGGGUGAUGAUCAGCGUUGGCUAUCAGUCGUGGACCACCCCGCACAGGUUGUCCGAACCGGCCGCAAACAUGGACCAGGUUUGAUAAUCCUGGCAUUAAUCCCUAUCAUUUCUUUCGCCCUCGGAACAUGGCAAAUCCAACGCCUGGACUGGAAAACGAAGUUGAUUGCGAAAUAUGAAGACCGCCUUGUUAGAGAACCUCUCCCGCUACCUCCACGUGUCGACCCAGGUGUCGUUUCUGAAUUUGAUUAUCGCCGUGUCUAUGUAACAGGUCGGCUCCGGCAUGACCAGGAGAUGUUGAUUGGGCCGCGCAUGCGUGAAGGUCAGGACGGAUUUAUGGUUAUCACCCCACUGGAGAGGGGGGAAGGGGAAAGUACGGUGUUGGUUAACAGGGGAUGGAUCUCUAAGAAGAUAAUGGACCAGAAAGACAGGCCGGAGGGGCUACCAAAGGGCGAAGUGACGGUUGAAGGCUUGAUACGGGAACCUUGGAAGAAGAAUAUGUUUACACCGGAUAACAAGCCGGAGGAAGGAAGAUUCUACUUUCCGGAUGUUGAGCAAAUGGCUGCACUGACAGGCAGUCAGCCAGUAUGGAUAGAGCAGACGAUGGUCCAGGAUCUGCUUGAGGCAAUGGACCGGGAAGCCAAGGGCAUUCCCAUUGGCCGUGCUGCUGAAGUUAACCUAAGGAACAACCACAGCCAGUACAUCUUCACAUGGUACGGAUUAUCUCUCGCGACAUCUAUCAUGCUAUGGAUGAUUAUUCGGAAGCGGCCCAACGAGGCUACCCGCCGUGUCCGUCAGAAUGUAAAUUGGUAA